UUUCCAGAGCUACUCUCAAAGUUGACCUUUUCACCCAGUUAAAUGAGCAAUGAACCAAAAGUAUGGCUUCAUUUGGCUGUUGGCUCUGUUUGUGCUGGCUGGUGACCUCUGUUUUGGCGGAAGCCACGAAUCCCAAUUGAGAAUAGGUAAAGCUAUAAAUAUAUUCGUGCGGUAUGGCUACCUGAGUAUAUCAAUGAAAGUUAUUUCAUACAAUGACACCGAACGAUGGCUUUUUAAGGAGCCAACUAAAACUAUUUAUAAGAACCUCGAUUUACUAACAGAAACACGGGAAGAGAAUGUGCCUGGAAUAUUUCAUGGUGAUUUUCACAUGGAGUUCUGUGACAAUCGUCGGCAGUUAUAUCAGGCAUACUUUCGAGAUUUUACAAUAGAACGACUUGAUAAGCCCUGGGAGGCAUUCACAGCAGGUUGGCAUGCUGAUGUUGCUGCAAAGAAGUUGGGCAUUAAUACGUCGUUUAUUCGUGGUGAUUAUUCAUAUGUUCUAGUCAGAGUUGUACGUUUUCGUGAAACAGGAAAACUAAAGACCGAUAUUCCACCUAAUCAAUCACUACAGCCAGACGUUGCUCAUAGGAUACAAACAUUGAAAAUUGGAAAUCUAACGAGUGCAGUUAAAUUUAUGGAGUCAUUUGGAACACACUACAUAAAUUCAUAUACAACGGGUAAUUCACUUUACCAGGUUUUCGUUUACAAUCGCAAAAACUAUCAAAUAAUUAAAGAUCGUCUUAAAACUAAGGGAAUAGGUGGUCUCACAAAACCUGACUUACACGACUUCUUUGCUCCCUGGUAUGCAGAGCAUUUGGGUCAAAUAAGAACAGCAAGUGGUAAUGCUACUGUGGAACGAUGGGCUCGAAGGAAGUUACUCUAUGAAUAUUACGUUUUUAAGUAUGGUACUCUUCUUAAACUCCAUGGAAACGGUACGCUUUUAAGAUCACUAGACACAUUGCUCGGAAACGAGGCGAUAUUGCAAUUGGAUUUGAAAUCACUUAACGUUAUGUUUGCCAAUGCAGAUAAGAAAAAGUGGUUUGAAGAAGUUCUAGACAACUAUUUAAAGCUUUGGGAGGUUAACAUGGGUCAAAGUAGAAGAUAGCUUUAAAUUAAGAUACAAUUGCAGUGUAUGAUGACUGUAUUCUUCAAAAAUUCCAAAGUUCCUAGGGAAUUACAAAAUAUAGUGUACAUAAAGUAAAAUUAGAGAAAAAGAAAACAAAAUAAAUAGUUUUAGAAAACCUGUGAUAGAGUAACCUAAAAAUGUAGUAGUCUAGAUUAAGACAAACUAUAAUAAUGUAAAAUAUUAUUGGUAUGACUGAUGUCAAAAUUUUCAAAAUUAUAACAUGAAUAAAAAUACAAACAUAUCUGUAAAAGAUAUAAUAAAGAGAAAAUAUCAUUUUUUUAUUUUU